UUAGACAUGGACAACCACCUCUAAUAGGAGAGUCUUCGAGACUUACAUAUGGUUUUAGAUUUUUAAGUCACUUUUGCUGCAUUGCUGGAAUUUUUGUCCCCAAUUGUUGACAUCCUCUCACUUGUCGUGUGUUCGCGUGAAUAAAAAAGUCCUAAAAAAAGUGGGCCUUGUCGCUGCGAGAGUUCAUCACCCCUUCUGUCAAAAGCAUUUGGUCACUGCAUCGGAAUUCUUUUUAAGUAACUCGAAAUUAAUUUUAUUUAUGUUAUGGUGUAGAAGUUAAAGUCUGUGCCACAUGAUGAUUCUAAAAGGAUGCUCUGUGCCAUAUUCUGGUGCAAUUCCCCUGUCUUAUAGCCACAAGUCUUCAGCUUUAGGCAUUCAUAAGUACUCAAGUUCGUGGAAACCUCUUCAGAAUUUAAAAGACUGUUCAUUAUUAGAAACCAAGCAAUACAGUCUUUCUACUACAUCAACGUCUCCCUUCAAUCAGGAAAAAGGUCUCUUAUCACUUGCCAUUCCCAAACUAUCCAAGCAUCCAAGGUUUCUCCUCUCUCCACGAGCAACUAAGGACGAUGUUCCUUAUAGCUUCCGAUACCCUGAAAUGACUAAGAAACCAAAAUGGUGGUGGAGAAUUUUAUCCUGCCUCCCGUACCUAAUGCCUCUACACUUGACAGUGAUACAUGCAGAAACAGCAUACAAUCUGCAUCCUUUCUUGGAGUAUUUCGAACUUUUGACCGUCCCAUUUUGGCAAAGUUUCUUUCGGUUGCCAACAUGGUUUACGAUGGCUUACUUCCUUAUAGCUUUUAUCACAAUAGUGAGAAGAAAGGAAUGGCCUCAUUUCUUUAGAUUCCAUGUGAUUUUGGGCAUGUUACUGGAGAUUACUAUGCAGGUCAUUGGGACAGUAAAUAGUUGGAUGCCACUGGCUUUAUAUUCGGGGAAGGUUGGAAUGCAUUUCUGGGUUGCUACUGCAUUUGCCUAUUUAUUCACUGUUUUGGAGUGCCUAAGGUGUGCCCUGGCUGGAAUGUAUGCUGAUGUCCCAUUUUUGUGUGACGCGGCGUAUAUUCAGAUUCCAUACAAUUAGUGAUGCUGAAGAAAGGGUUCGAGAAGGUUUGGUUGGUCGAAGUGAGUUUCUGGUGUACAAGUUUUCCACUUGUUUUGAAAUCGAAAUCCCUAGUGUGAAACUCUCUAUAGCAUUCGGUCUAAUCCAGUUUUUGAGACUAUUGAGAUAGUUGAAAUGUUGUUUCCUUGAGACAUCUGGUUUCGAUACUCCUUUUUUGUUUAUGUCAUUUCAGAUUCUUGUGACCUAUACCAGAAUGCUAUGAAACUAAAUUACUUAA